GUUUUCUCUUCUUGUACGUAUUUUGGUACUCGUUUUCUCCGCCUCUCCCGGUUCUCCCGAUCUUCCCCACCCAAAACAACAUCCUUUCGCUGUCUGCCCAACCACCACUAACUCUUACACCCUCUCCAGGAUAUGUGGAAUUGACUUCUACGCUGUGGUUUUAACUGUCACUGUACGCCAUGGCCUGCUCAUCUCAAUCUGUCACCAUUGAGUCUUAUCCGGAGGCCGCGGUGGCCUCCGCCUAUGCCACCCCCGGAGAAGACACCGGCCUCCUGAGAGAUCGCCGUCGCAGACACUCCUUUCAUACGGCUCGCAAGUUGUCCUGCGACUACGAUGCGGAUGCUGUUUUCCUACGGGUGGAGCUCUUCCUGGCCGAACUCGAACGACGCCUCCACUGGCUCGAGCAAUACCGCAAGUCCCACAUGGAUCAGAUCGACGCCAGUCUCCGCCGUGGAUACGCCACCUUAGAAGCCGUGCGAGAUUCCUGCUCCUAUGCCUCCGGGGAGCUGAUGGGUGGUGGAAAAAAGCGGGCCAAGAUUUUGGUCGAGACGCUGGAGGACCGCUACAUGGAUGCUCUCGCAACAAAGGAGACGCUUGAACAAAAGGCUCAGGCGGGAGUCCGACUGAUGGAGUCGUUUCUGGUCGAGCUGGAGUCCCGCGCCCAUGCGGUCCGCGACCGGGGGCUCUACGGCACUCUAGAUGAUGGCUGGAAGGCAAUGGACUCGAAGCUGGUGCAUGCCCGUGAGGUGGUCGACGAGGGUAUGGAACGGGCACGACGGGCGAAAGACGCGCUGCGGGAGAGCAUCGACCGAGCUAUCCUGCUGGCCCAGGAGCAACGGUUGAUCACGUAUGCGGAUCUCCCGCACCCGUGGCGGGUGAACCCGCAUAUCCUGCAGGGGUAUCGGUUCACACACUCCAAGGUGGAAUGUUUGACUUCGGUGUUCACCCCUUCGAAUGAGACGUUCAACAUCUGGUCUCACCUGAUUGGGCUUUUCAUCGUCCUGUCGGUGGCCUUUUACUUCUACCCGCUGAAUCCCAACUUCCACCUCAGCUCGCGAACGGACAUUCUCGUGGCGGCCGUCUUCUUCUUCGCGGCGUGCAAGUGCCUGGUCUGCAGCACACUGUGGCACACGAUGAACAGCAUUGCCAGCCAGACGCUGAUGGAGCGGUUUGCCUGUGUGGACUACACAGGAAUCUCGAUGCUGGUGGCAGCCUCGAUCGUGACGACCGAGUACACGGCUUUCUACUGCGAGCCGGUCUCACGGUGGACUUAUAUCCUGCUGACCAUGUCGCUGGGUAUUGGAGGAGUGAUCUUGCCGUGGCACCCGACCUUUAACCGGGCGGAUAUGGCGUGGGCGCGCGUGGCCUUUUACGUAUCGCUAGCGCUGACGGGAUUCGCGCCGUUGGCCCAGCUGACGUACACGCGUGGACUCGCCUGGUGCUUGUAUUUCUACGCACCCGUGGUGAAGAGCAUCAUGGUGUACUUCGUGGGAGCGUGUGUGUAUGCGUCGCAGGUGCCGGAGCGCUGGCGACCAGGAUUGUUCGAUUAUGUGGGUGGCAGUCACAACAUCUGGCAUUUGGCCGUCCUUGGAGGGAUCUUGUUCCACUACUGCGCGAUGCAGGAUCUGUUCGCGGGAGCGUUCCAACGGGCGCAGGGCGAGUGCCCGAACCUGGCCAAGUAGGGGGUAGAUGGGUAGUAAAAGGGGUGUAGAUGGUGUAUAGACAUAGAAGUACUCUGUAGAUGGAGGUUGUAUUGUGGAUGUCUCAUUCUUGUAC